AAGCACUCGUGCAAAAAUCGGUCGCUCUGAUAAAAAAUUAAUGUUUACGUGGUUUUGAUCGAAAAUUUCGCGUGUUUUUGUGUUUUUAAGUGCUGAAGAGGUGUUUGGAUUAAAAUGGGCAACAUACACACCGUAGGACCUAACGAGGCCUUAAUUGUUUCAGGUGGCUGUUGCGGCUCAACGAAACGAGUAACAAUAGUGGGAGGCUGGGCGUGGGCGUGGUGGCUCGUCACAGACGUGCAGCGUCUCUCGCUGGAGGUGAUGACCUUGAAUCCUAUGUGCGAGAGCGUCGAGACGUCGCAAGGCGUCCCUCUGACCGUCACAGGCGUCGCACAGUGCAAAAUAAUGAAGGCUGACGAGCUGUUGCACACUGCCUCAGAGCAGUUUUUGGGGAAGUCCGUCAAAGAGAUCAAGAGCACGAUUUUGCAGACUUUGGAGGGACACUUGAGGGCGAUUCUAGGAACGCUUACAGUCGAAGAAGUGUACAGAGACCGGGACCAGUUUGCGGCGCUUGUGCGCGAAGUGGCUGCGCCGGAUGUCGGCCGCAUGGGCAUCGAGAUCUUGUCUUUCACGAUCAAAGACGUCUACGAUGAGGUGCAAUACCUCGCGUCGCUGGGCAAGGCGCAGACCGCGAUGGUCAAGCGAGACGCCGACGCCGGCGUCGCGGUUGCCAACAGGGACGCCGGGAUCAGGGAAGCGGAAUGUCAAAGAUCGGCGAUGGACAUAAAAUAUUCCACAGACACGAAAAUAGAAGACAACUCCAGGAUGUUCAAGCUGCAGAAGGCCAACUUCGACCAGGAGAUAAAUACUGCCAAAGCCCAAGCCCAGUUGGCGUACGAACUGCAAGCGGCGAAGAUUCGUCAGAAGAUACGUAACGAGGAGAUCCAGAUCGACGUGGUGGAGAGGAAAAAGCAGAUCGAAGUGGAAACGCAGGAGGUCAUGAGGAAGGAACGCGAACUGAACGCCACCGUGCGGUUGCCUGCCGAAGCUGAAAGCUACAGGGUUCAAAUGAUCGCGGAGGGCAAGCGCACACAAACAGUAAAAAAUGCACAAGCCGAGAGCGAAAAAAUAAAAAUGCUUGGUGUAGCCGAAGCCACUGCCAUUUCAAGCAUAGGCAAAGCCGAUGCUGAACGCAUGCGACAAAAAGCCGCCGUCUACAAGCAAUACGGAGACGCCGCCAUCAUGUCCAUAGUCCUCGAGGCCUUACCCAAGAUUGCCGCAGAGGUGGCGGCUCCGCUGGCCAAGACCGACGAGAUCGUCCUGAUAGGCGGCUCUGACCACACCACCGCCGAAAUAUCCCGAUUGGUCGGCCAGAUCCCGCCGGCAGUUCAAGCACUGACCGGCGUUGACCUGUCUAAAGUGCUCGGGAAAAUACCGGGCGCCACCACCAACAAACCCAUGGCGGCUGCGCAGUAGAAAAAAAAUCGGUUCGUAUUGUCUAUUUUUUGUUAAGUCGCUGGUUGAUUUCCGUUUUCUACGUUUUUGUACGUCGCUGGCGGUGCGGUAGAUCGAAUGCACCGAAACGUUUGCUGUGGGUUUCCCCUGCGACUUAUUUUUUAUUUUAUCCAACCUUCAUUAUUU